GAGGAGCCGUUUGUAAUGGUGUCAGAGAACGUUCUGGGGAAACCGAAGAAGUAUCAGGGCUACUCCAUCGACGUCCUGGAUGCUCUGUCCAACUACCUGGGUUUUAAGUAUGAGAUCUACGUCGCUCCAGAUCACAAAUACGGCAGCCUGCAGCCUGAUGGCCAGUGGAACGGACUGAUGGGAGAAUUGGUCUUUAAGCGAGCCGAUGUGGGACUCUCUGCCCUGACCAUCACGCCUGAGCGAGAGAGCGUUGUGGACUUCACCACACGCUACAUGGAUUAUUCUGUGGGCGUUCUGCUGCGCAAGGCCGAGCGCACCAUGGACAUGUUCGCCUGCCUGGCACCCUUUGACCUGUCGCUGUGGGCGUGCAUCGCGGGCACCGUGCUCCUCAUUGGCAUCCUGGUGUACUUACUCAACUGGCUCAACCCGCCCCGACUCCCCAUGGGCUCGGUGUCCUCGACUACACUCUACAACUCCAUGUGGUUCGUGUACGGCUCCUUUGUACAGCAAG